UCUAAUUUUUCUUUUUGAAUAUAUAAUAGAUUUGUGUUUGGUCAAAACUUGCCACAUGUUAUAAAAAAUGGUUAGGUUCAAGAAUUCGUCAUCCUAUUUGCGAUAGAAAUAGGGAGGUCAAAGGCAUUAUUAAAAUAUAGUUUUGCAGUGGAUCUAGACACUUGGUUCUCCUAAAAAUUCUUAUUCAACAUUUCUAUUUAUGGUUUCAAAUCUGCAAGGGCUUCAUGGCUAUAUAAGUGACCCACAACCACCAAUAUCCUCAGCAAUCAUCAAUGCAUCUUUACUUGUGCAGAAGGGACUAGGGAAAAAACAAAAACAGAAAAAAACAGAAAAAGAAAAAAGAAAAAAAAAAUCCAAUAGUAUUGAUGUUGGAAAUUUUGAAACCCUUCUUCCUUUCUGUGAAAAUCUAAAAAAAAAAAAGGGAAAGAGAAACACAAAAACAAAAGAUUGUACUAAGAAUCGUGUUAUUAGAAAGCAUCAUGGAGCAUGGAGGUGUUGUGUCGAAGGGCGUGGAGUCAGACCAUUCAAGUUCUUACAAACAAAUCAUCAUAGUUGCGGCCAUUGCAGCCGGAGUCCAAUUCGGUUGGGCUCUCCAGCUUUCGUUGCUCACACCUUACGUACAACAACUUGGAGUUCCACAUACUUGGUCGGCUUUCAUAUGGCUUUGCGGUCCAUUAUCAGGGCUUAUUGUGCAACCCAUUGUCGGUUACUACAGCGAUCGUUGCACUUCUCGGUUUGGUCGUCGUCGGCCGUUCAUCGUUUCUGGGGCUAGCUUUGUGGCGGUUGCAGUUUUCCUCAUUGGCUUUGCUGCGGAUAUUGGGCAUUCCGUGGGAGAUGACCUUGACAAACCCACAAAACCAAGAGCUGUGGCCAUAUUUGUAGUCGGAUUCUGGGUUCUUGAUGUUGCAAACAACAUGCUGCAAGGUCCUUGCAGAGCUCUGUUGGCAGACAUGUCGUGUAAUAACCACAAGAAGAUGAGAAUGGCAAAUGGGUUUUUCUCAUUCUUCAUGGGGGUAGGGAAUGUUCUGGGGUACGCAGCUGGGGCUAACAGCAGACUCCACACAUUCCUUCCAUUCACAACAACCGUCGCAUGUGACGUUUACUGCGCCAACCUGAAAACGUGCUUCUUGAUCGACAUUGUGUUCCUCCUGGUCAUUACCACCUUUGCGGUGCUGUCGGUGGGCGAGAAGCCAUUUGAGCGGCUGGAGAUCGAGGAAGGAGAAACACCCUUUUUCGGGCAGUUGUUUGGAGCGCUGAAGAAGUUGGAGAAGCCGAUGUGGCUCUUGUUGCUGGUAACAGCGUUGAACUGGAUCGGUUGGUUCCCAUUCAUAAUUUACAACACUGACUGGAUGGGGAAGGAAGUGUACGGAGGGCAGCCAAAUGGGACUCCAGAACAAGAGAAGUUCUAUGACCUUGGUGUUCGAGCUGGGGCCCUUGGGCUGAUGAUAAACUCUUUUGUUCUGGGAUUUUCAGCUUUGGGAAUUGAGCCAGUGAGCCGUAUUCUAGGAGGGCUCAGGUGGUGGUGGGGAGUUGUUAACAUUAUAUUCACAAUUUGCAUGGGAUCCAUGGUUGUUGUUACAAAGGUUGCUGAACGUUGGAGGUCCAUCAAUGGGUUGCUUCCUCCUCCGAUCAACGUCAGGGCAGGAGCCUUCUCCAUCUUUGCAGUGUUGGGUAUUCCACUGUCGGUCACUUUUAGCGUUCCAUUUGCUCUUGCAUCCAUCUUUUCUUCGGAAUCCGAUGCGGGUCAAGGCCUCUCUUUGGGAAUUCUCAAUCUGUUCAUUGUGAUCCCACAAUUCAUCGUGUCGGCUGUUAGUGGGCCAUUAGAUGCAGCUUUCGGAGGAGGAAACUUACCAGCAUUCGUAAUGGGUGGAAUUGCUUCUUUUGCAAGUGCAAUGUGCGCCAUGUUUGUCCUCCCCGAUCCACCAUCUCAAUCUGAUGUCUCCUUGUCAAUGGCUGGUGGCCAUUGA